AUGGCCUGCCCGCCUCCUACCCAAGCCUUGGCGACUCUGGGAGGGACCCUGAGGAGCGGCAUCCGGCCCCUGUGGCCUGCAGUGGUCAGCAUUGGCCAGUCCGUCACUUCCUCCAAGAAGCUGGAGGGGCCAUUUGGGGCUCAGGUUCAGGGCGGGUUCCCGGGACGACUUCACCUUGUCAUUGCCAAAGGCCUCCCUGGAGCAGUGCCGGCGAUCCCCGAGCCCCGUCCCCCCGGUGCCCUGGGCAUCCGUCCUGGCAGCAUUUCUGAGUGCCCUGGUGUGCCCUGCUCUGUGCUGAGAGCGAAAAAAGAGGUCCAAGACAGGCUGGACCUGAACGAGCUCCCAGUCCAGUUGAUGCCUGAAAAUGCCACCUUUCCGUACCGCCGCUACGACCGGCUCCCUCCCAUCCAUCAGUUCUCCAUAGAAAGCGACACGGACCUUUCCGAAACGGCCGAGCUCAUCGAGGAGUACGAGGUGUUCGAUCCGGCCCGCCCUCGCCCCAAGAUCCUCCUGGUGCUGGGUGGCCCGGGCAGCGGGAAGGGCACGCAGAGCCUGAAAAUAGCCGAGCACUUUGGCUUCGAGUACAUCUCUGUGGGAGAACUGCUGAGGAAGAGGAUCCACAGCACCAGCAGCAACAGGAAGUGGAGCCUCAUCGCCAAGAUCAUCACCACGGGGGAGCUGGCCCCCCAGGAAACCACGAUCACGGAGAUAAAGCAGAAGCUGAUGCAGAUGCCGGACGAGGAGGGGAUUGUGAUCGACGGCUUCCCCCGGGACGUAGCUCAGGCGAUGUCGUUCGAGGACCAGAUCUGCACCCCCGACCUGGUCGUGUUCCUGGCGUGCACCAGCCACAGGCUCAAGGAGAGGCUGCUGAAGAGGGCCGAGCAGCAGGGCCGGCCGGACGACAACGCCAAGGCCACGCAGCGCCGGCUCGUCCACUUCAAGCAGAACGCGGCGCCUCUGAUCCAGUACUUCCAGGAGAAGGGGCUCAUCGCGACGUUCGAUGCUGACCGAGAGGAGGACGAGGUGUUCCGUGACAUCAGCCUGGCUGUGGCCACUAAGCUGUUCCCGUCCCAGGAGGCCGCGGCGGCAGGUAGCGACUCGGACCUGCGUAUGGACACGGGAGACUGGAUGGCCGCCGGCUCUGACUCGGAGGAGCAGGGAGACGAGGACGACCCGGACAUGUUUGGGGACGACACGGCGGAAGAUUUUGCCGAGCUGAGGAAGUUCAAGAUUGUCUUUGUGAUCGGUGGCCCCGGCUCUGGCAAAGGAACCCAGUGCGAGAAGCUGGUGCAGAAGUACGGCUUCGCGCACGUCUCCGUGGCCGAGCUCCUGAGGGGCGAGCUGGCCUCGGGCUCCCCCAGAAGCCUGCUGCUCCGCGACGCCCUGGAGCGCGGAGGCCCCUUGUCCGCGGCCGUCGUGCUGGACCUCCUGAAGGAAGCCCUGCUGGCCCGCUCGGCCCCCGGCCCCAGGGGCUUCCUCGUGGAGGGCUACCCCCAGGAGCUGAAGCAGGGGCAGGAGUUCGAGCGCAGGGUCGGGCCGCCCCAGCUGGUGAUCUGCAUGGAGUGCUCAGCGGACACCAUGAGCCGCCGCCUGCUCCAGAGGGACCGCGAGAGCCCCGAGGCCGUGGCACGGCGGCUGCAGACCUACUACCAGGCCUCGCUGGCUGUGGCGGCCCACUAUGAGGAGACGGCCCCCUUCCACAAGAUAAACGCGGAGGGAAGCCCGGAGGAGGUGUUCCUGCACAUGUGCUCGGCCGUGGACGCCAUCUUCUGAAGAUGGACGGAAGCCCGACACGUCCCGGUCGCCAGGGUCAGCGUCUGUCCGGCGUAUGGUCCGUCCCUGCCCCGCGCCUCCCUCCGUCCCCGGAGGCCCAGGGACCGGGCAGCGGGCCAGCCAGGGAGGCUCCAGGAGGCGCAGGUGGGCUUCCUCCUGAGGGGGGAUGACCCUGCCGGCUCAUCUCUUUCCCGGCAUUCGGUGCCUUCAUGUGGAUCUCCCCCAAGCCAGGGAGGUCCGAUCCCGGCUUCCCAGGGUCUGCCCUUCCCCCGGGGACCCAGCCCACACGACCGGCCAGGCUCAGAACAGCAUCGGCACCUCCCUGCGACGGCCGAGAUGUCCUGCCUCAAAAUGGCGGCCGGCGGGGCCCAAAGGCAUGACGCGGAGAGCCGGGCCGGGCACAGGCGAUGGCCCCGACGGCCGCCCGCUUGGCUCGGGCCUCCCCCUAAGCACCAGUGCCCGUCCCCGUGCUCGCUCCUCCCCAGAAUCCCCACUUGCAUGAUUUCUCCCGGCCACUGUCUGGGCUGCACCCAGACCCCGGGCUCCUCUUCUUGUGAUGAUGUGUGACCGACAAAUAAAAGUCAGACGGACGACA